AUGUCUGCACCGGCCAAGCCUCAGUCACUUCCGUCUCGGGAAUGUGGCGAGUCUGGCGAGUCUGGCGGGCGUGUCCGUGUCCGUGUUCGCAAGGCCAAGUCGGGCAAGAAGGCCAAGUCGGGCAAGGCGGCUGCAUCGGGGACGACGGCUGGAUCAGGCAACAAGGCAACAUACACCACAAACGGCGGAAAGCACUCGAUUGGUGCCUCGAUCGCAGUCGGGGCCAGGUGGGAGGCUUAUCGGGCCCAGACGGGCGUGGUCCGUGACGGCGAGUUUGCUGGCGGGACCCGGAAUCGCAUCCUCCAUCACGUCCUGGGCCUUGAUCCCGAGUGUCCGCCGUCGUCCGAGGCUGCUCGGUCGUUUGUCUACACCUAUGACAUGAUGUACACCGGGAACGAGCUCCUGGCGGCGCUGGCGGACAUGUUCUCCAUGCGUGAGGCGCUGGAGCAGCUUGCCGGCGCGUCGAUGGCGGCCAUGCAGGUCUUUGUCAUUGGCCUCUCCAAAGCCCGAGCCAGUGUUGUUGCUUUUCUUGACGAGUGGAUCACGCUCCGUCCGCAUGCCUUUGCCGCCAAUAACGGCGAGCUGAUGAACGCCGCGCUCGGAUUCAUGUCGCAGGCGCUGGUGGCGCCGGGCGUCGAGGCUGGCCAGCGCGCCAAGCUCGAGCAGAUGGCCCGAAGCCUGGUCGUCGCCGGCCCGCUACCGGGUUCGAGCGGGCCAAGUGUCCCGUAUCUCGACGCUGGCGGGAGCUCGGACUCCCGUGGGGGCUCGGGUGCCACUCUGGCAGUGGCCACGCUUGCGCUCGGCUCGCCGGCACAGGUUGCCGAGCAGAUCACGCUCCUGCAGCACCGUGCGUUUUCGGACAUUGUGCCCGGCGAGCUGCUGGGACUCGGCGGCGAGCCGAGCGCUGCCGAGCUGCGCGCGGCCUCCCCGGGUCUCGCAGUCUCGCUCGCCCUCUCCGAGACGCUCUCGAUGUGGGUCCUCAAUGCGGUCUUGCAGGAGCCGUCCAAGUCGCGGCGAAUUGCCGUCCGCGACUUUUUCCUCGCACUCUCCAAGGCCUGCUUUGACAUGGACAACGUGUGCGGGGCGCGCGAUGUGCUCAUGGCGCUAGACCACUCGCUCAUCUCAAACCUCAAGGAGCACACAGCCGAGUGGCGCGGCGCCGACUCGGAGUACUACACCACGUACAUUCCAGUCUAUCUCGAUGCGAGGCACCUCAAGGUCCGCGAGCUAAUGAUGAGCCGGCCGCGGCCGACGGUUCCUGUCGUUGUCGCCUUCAAGUACUGGUCCGUCCAGGCCGACAUGAAGACUCCGCUGGUACUCGACACGCAGUCGUCGCUCUCGCCAGGCAGCGGGCCUGCGCUAGCCCGCGACCCCGGGCCCGAGACCCAGUGGUACUCGAUGGACAAGGUUCGCAUUCUCGGCUCGACCGCGGCGGAGCUCGCCUCGCUGCAGGGCGGCGAGUACUUUUUCGAGCCGGAUGCGGCAAUCUCUUCGUUUAUCACCGCUCUGCCGGCCCGCCUCUGGCCGAUGCGCAAGCUGGAGAAGCAGGCCGACGCCAUCGACCCGAUGGAUCCAGCGCUGGCGGCGGCGCUCGGCCUCGCAUGA